CCGGAAGAAAUAAAAAGAUACCGCGAGUUGUGCUUCGGCCCCUCCUCGGGGCAGCUUGCGAGGAUCCUGCUUGCGAGCGCGGAGGGAGGCAGAGCGCAAGACAUGUCCGGGCAUGCCUCCGGAUUGCAAGACGCCGAGGCUGCGUCCGGUUUCUCCGACCUGAGCGACUCCGAAUUCUUGCAGAUAGAAGAGCCGGAGAUUGGGGAAUCUCGACCCCUAGGCUGUCCCAUCCUUCGGCAUCUGGAUUCCCAGGGUGCUAACAUGAAAGAAAGGAAUUGGGGGACGGCAAAGAGAAAGAAAGCAAAGACGCCCCUCGAAGCUUUCCAUCUGCACUACCUUUGCGUCACAGAUCUCUCUGCUCAAGUUUGGUGCGAGCAGGAAAUGGUUUAUCACAGAGAACAGCCAGGUCAGCGAUUGCCAGAGAAGAAGGUGGUGUUAAAUACAGGAAAGUCCAUACAUCUUGCCAGAGAACUGCAAGAUCAUGACCUGGUGAAGGUCAGGACCACAAGCCGAGAAGACAAAUGGGCCAUCAAGCUGCUCAACCUUCUCCAGACCAUUGCUGAUCUACAAGAAGGCCGGUGUGCGCGAGAAUGUCCCGUCUUUGGAGUGUUGGAUGACGUUUUCCUGGUGGGGAUUGUGGACCAGCUGAAUUAUACGGCGAAAGGGGAGCUGCAGCUGAACGAGUUGAAGACGCGGGAAAGGGCGUACCUUCCUGUUCCUGCGCAGAAGAGGAAGGACCGUUUCCAGGUCUUUUUAUAUAAAUAUCUGUUCGAUGCUAUGGUGCAAGGAUCCUUAACCCAGGAUAAUUUCAUCCAUCACCUUCAUCUGAAGCCCAAACAGCCACUUGGCCCGGAGAUCCAAGAACAUGCUCAAAAAAUUGGGUUCACGGUGUGCUGCUUCCAAGACCUCCUGGAGCUGAUGGUCCUCAACUUGACCCACUCAGACAUUCCGGCCAUUGACCGCCUGCAAAUUGAGUAUGUGCACCAGCAGACUGACACUUUGCUUGGCACCGAAGUCAUCACCUAUGACCACGAUGAAUUGAUGGCCAUGUCCCAUUAUUUCUUAACUUAUUGGAAAGGGCAGAGAGAUCCCAAGGGGGUGGACAUUGAGGAUACAUGGAAAUGCUGCCAUUGUGCCUUUGUCGACACCUGUGAUUGGCGCCUGCAGACAGCGAGGAGCCUGGUCAAAAAGAGCAGCGAAACGAAAAUGUAACGAGCGUCGAGCCAAUCCUUGCCAAACCCCUGGACUGCCCUUCCCGUUAUUUUCCAACAGUAUGACUGGGCUGGCUAAGGAUGAUAGAAGCUGGAGUCCAUCAUGCUUCAAAGAAUGAUUUCCUUCAGCCCUGGAAUGUAUUGGAUCAGCCCAUCUCCUUUGGCCCCGCAGCCAAACGAGUGUAGCGUCACAGUUUUCCUCUGUCACAAAGUUCCAAUAUCCUUUAUUAUUUUUAUAAGAAUUUUAUUGCAUUUAAAGCAAAGAUAAAUACUACAAAAAACAAAAACAAAAAACCCUACAAAAAGAAAAAAAAUUAAAAGUGAGAAACACAAGAAAAAGCAUUUUAAAGGUGACAUAAAGAAGUGACUUCCAACUUUCAACAAGAAUAUGUAGCACUUUCCAUAAUCAAUUUCUUACUCU